AAAAAUAAUUAUUCUAACGCAUAUUAGUCACGAACAAUCGCGCUUUGUGUUGCAUGUGCAGGGGUGGAAAGUGACUUUUCGCGUGGAAAAAGGGGCCCGAAAAUGCCUUCCGACGGGGAGGAAAAAUCAAAGGGGCUGAUGCGCCCUUUGGUGCAAGUGGCCGGAGUAUUGGGGAUCAUUCAAGGGUUUGUGUGGACUCUGCUAAGUAUCGCGGCCAUUUUGUUUUACUACAUGGAUUUGGCGCCAUCUACAGGGAAAGAAAUAAGUCACAAGAUAUAUACAGAAUAUUUUCAUGAUUCUACGGGAAGUAAGAAUGGUUUCAUAAUAAACCCAAACUCAUUGAGCUACUGUUCCUAUGUUUAUUUGAUCCUGAGCUUCGGCUGGUUCCUGAUCUCUUGUCUUUUGUAUUGGGGGGUCGUAAAGAAAAGCAGCAACGAACAAUUUUACGAUUAUUCAAUAUUAGGCUGGACUAUUGCCGCAUCAUUAGUAUCCAUUUUAGACCUGAUCAUGCUAGCCUUGUUUGCCCACGAUUACAACAAGGUCUCUACUAGUGAUACGAUACUGUUAGUAGUAGUAGGGAUAAUGAUGACGUUGGCCGCCAGAGGGUUCGUCCUAUGGGUGAUCAAUGUCCUGUUUGCGGUUAUUUUAGGGAUGCAUUACUACAGAAGAUAUAAUGAGUUAGCUCCAACCAGCAGUCAGUCAGCUAUAGAUGCCUAUUCAGACCCCCUUCCAUGGCUCCAAGGACCCGCAGCCUUUGACGACCCCCACCCAAAGACCUACGACAAUAAGGGCUACCAACCCGAUAGGGAGGAAGCCCCCAUCAGGUCCAACCCUCCCUCCAUCCACCAAUUUCCUGUAACAGGAAUUAACAGAGAUUCCGCCAGGAAUAACUACGUUAACCCCAGGAGCAACUUAAGUCAGGAACCUCCUCCGAAGAUCAUCAAGAGGCCCGUGUUAAAUCAUAAUAAUAACAAUGACAGUUCUUGGAUACAUAGGAAUGCGAAUUAUAAGCGUUUUGUUCCAGAUAACAACUACGUGAGUCCCCUCAGGCCCCAACCGGAGCCGGGGCUGUUGAGGACUGCGAAAAUCGGGAAACAGGGAGGCCAAAGGAGCCCCCCGUUGAUUGUUAACGCCCCCAGUAUACCCGAGCCGGAUUACUCGCCUCCCAGCUCGCCUGUUCUCAGGGGAGUGUUGAAGCCCAGAAGUAACUACACUAUGUAUUAGAACUGGUAGUUUUUUUUGUGUGUAUGACUCUCUCUAUCUCUUUUUUUGUUUUUAUGGUUGUAUAUACAUUUUUCUUUUGGUAAGAUCAAUAAAUUUUAGAAGAGUAGGAAA